CACACACACACACACAUAAAUCAGGGCUGGCCAGAUCUCAGGCCUCCUCAGUCAGACACAGGAAGCUAGAAUGGAUUAAAGGAUUCGUGCCUGGUGUUUCUCUGAUUUGCAUAAAUGUAUCUAUUAAUUAAUUUUGAUUGAUGGUAACUAUGGCAACCGGGCUGGUUCAAAGGCGCGCGCUGUCGGACCGCAGCUCGGUGCAGUUCUGACUCUCUGAGAGAGAGAGAGAGAGAGCAUGUCGUUUACUGCAACCGGUUGUUUAGUGCCUUAGUGUUGUUGUUGUUGUUGUUGUUGAAGUUAUCGUUUAAGCGCUUCCCCGGUGAGUCCCGGGCCGACCGGUCGGAGAAAUGCGCGCGCACGCCGCCGCGGUCCAGUUCGUCCGUCUGUGCGCGCUCGUCGUGUGUGUGUGCGCGUGUGUGUGCAGAGCGGACGACGGGUCCUGCCAUGGAGCUUUUGAUUUAUACUUUGUGCUAGACAGGUCCGGCAGCGUGUCAACCAACUGGCAGGAGAUAUAUGAAUUUGUGAAGCAGCUAACCGAUCGCUUUGUAAGCCCGAAGAUGAGAGUUUCAUUCAUCGUCUUCUCCUCGAACGCAAAAGUCAUUCUUCCUCUCACUGGAGACAGAACUGCUAUAGACGAAGGGUUGGAGCAUCUGAGUAAAAUCAGACCUGCUGGUGACACCUACAUGCACGAGGGACUGAAAGAGGUUAUAGAGCAGAUGAACGGUCAGAGCACGAGGACAUCGAGCAUCGUCAUCGCACUGACUGAUGGAAAACUGGGCAUCUACCCACAAGAGCUGGCGGUGCAGCAGGCUGAUCUGGCAAGACAGUACGGAGCCCGAGUUUACUGCGUAGGAGUGAAAGACUUUGAUGUUCUACAACUUGUUGACAUUGCAGACAACAAAGAUCAGGUGUUCCCUGUGCUGGAUGGAUUCCAGGCGCUCAAGACAAUUGUGAAUUCUAUUCUAAAGAAGUCCUGCAUAGAGAUCUUUAACGUCGAGCCUUCCAGCGUUUGUGUGAACGAAACCUUUAACAUUGUUCUGAGAGGAAGGGGCUUUACUCAGGGGCGGAGCUCAGAGGGCGUGGUCUGUACACUGUCUGUCAAUCAACAGGAACUCUACCAUGAAAAGCCGAGCGUUGUGAAGGACACUUAUGUGCUGUGUCCGGCUCCGCUGUUGACCGAAAUCGGACACUCAGUCGAAGUGCGGAUUAGCUUUAAUCACGGCCAUUCCUUCAUUUCGAACCCGAUUACCAUCCAUGCCACCGCAUGUUCCAGUGGCAUAGUGGUGGCUGUGGUUCUCCUGGUUCUGCUACUGCUCGUGGCUCUGGUUGCGUUUUGGUGGUUCUGGCCGCUCUGCUGUACCGUGGUCAUUAAAGACCCUCCGCCCUCUCGACCUCCUCCUCCACCUCCUCCGCUGAUCGAGCCAGAGGAAGAUCCGUUACAGAAGAAGAAAUGGCCCACUGUGAAUGCGUCGUACUACGGAGGCCGAGGAGUCGGAGGGAUCAAGCGCAUGGAGGUUCGUUGGGGAGGAAAAGGUUCCACUGAGGAAGGAGCGCGGCUGGAAAAAGCCAAAAACGCGGUGGUCACAAUGCCUGAGGAGGAGGAACUGGAGCAGCCCAUUGUAAAAGCUCCUCUCAGACCACCGCCUACUCAGUCACCCCCGCCUCCAUCCAAAUGGUACACCCCGAUUAAGGGUCGAUUUGACGCUCUGGCAGCGUUACUACGGCGACAGUACGACCGAGUCGCUGUGAUGAGGCCGACAGCACACGACAAGGGUCGCUGCAUCAAGUUCACAAGGAUUCAGAGUCACUACUAGUUCACUCACUGUCUGUUCUUUUAUUGUGUUUUACACCCUUUUGUAUAAGCAAUACUCUGCCUUUAGAUAACUGUACAUGAUUUUCUUCAAUAUGUCUGUAUGAUAAAUCUUUAUUGGUUGGCUCUGCUGACUUUAUGCACUUGUGCCUUAAUUCAACUCAUUUUUGUGAAGAGUUAUUUUUUACUUUAGCAAGCACUCAGCCUAAAUAGCACCUAAAUAAUAUUUAUUAGUAAAAAGUAAACAGAUUUUACAAAAAAAAAAAAAUGUUACAGGUUUUAUCCUGAACAUAAUUCAAAUCCGAAUAUUUAUUUUAGAAAAUACAAUUAGAGACAAUACAGUCUUAUACAGUAUGUGACUGUCUCUGACAAGGUACUCAUACACAAACAAAAAGGAACUUUACUAAUCUCAUGUUUUUAAUCUGGAAACACAUGAUAAGGAGUGUAAUUGCAUCUUCUGACCACUGCUGACUGUUAACAAAAAUAAAGCUGUUUUUUAAUUGUUUAUGUCAAA